AUGAAGCUUAGCCUCACCUUUGCAGGCCUCAUUGGCCUUGCCGCUGCCUCGCCCUUCUCAGAGUAUGAUACUUCUGGUGGUCUCAUGCGCCGAACCGGAAAAUGCAAUUGGAAGGACCAGAACUGUUGCGCUAUCCCUGACAAGUACAAGUACUCUUCUCCAUCCGAUACCAAGAACUACUACGGCUAUGGUCGCACUAUCUACGUCAAGUCCGGCAAGAAGAUCCAAGACGCCAUCAAGAAGGCCUCUCCCGGUGAUCGCAUCAUAGUUGAGGCUGGCGAAUACCCUGAGCAACUCGUCAUUGACAAGGACGGCAUUCAGCUUGAAGGCCGUGGCAAUGUCCGCCUCGUCAAGCCCCAGAAGUACAAGCGCAAUGCAUGCACUGGUCUUACCCAGGAUGAGAAGAAGAAUGAGCUCCAGGCUGGUAUCUGCAUCACUGGCUACAAGGUCCAGACAACCGAGUAUAAGACUGAGCAUAAACGAGUCAUCUCUGUCAAGAAACCCGUCAAGGGAGUUUCGGUCACUGGUUUCAGUGUCAGUGGCUUCUCUGGCAUCAACAUCGCCAUCAUUGGCGCUAAGAACACCCGCAUCACCAAGAACAAACUGACUGAUGCUCCUGCUUAUGGUGCGCUCACCCUUGGUUCCAUCAACACCGUCUUCCGUGAGAACGUCAUCACCACCACUGCUGGCGGCUUCAUCGGUAUCUGCCAGGACAACCUGUCUGAUGUGCAAACCGUCAAAAACGACAUCUCUGCGCACCUAAUUGGUGUCUGCGUUCAGACCAAUGAAGCUUUUAUUGGGUACAAUACCCUCCAUGACAACUGCAUCGGUAUCUUUGUCGAUCCUGGUGUGAAAAAUGCCAAGAUCGUGCACAACUACGUUGGCCCAACUCCUGCUGCGUGCGGCAAGACUUCUUCUGGUAUCAUUCUCGGCAGCGCUGUCGGAACUCUUGUUCGCGACAAUACCAUUGAGGGACAGCGUGGUAGUGGCACUGGAGGAGCCGGCGCAGGAGUCGGCAUCCUUAUCUACGACGAUGCUUGUGUUGCUACUCCCGAACAGCCCAUUUCUCUUUCUUGCAUUACUCUGGGUGGUAAAGCUCCCAAGGCUAACCAUAACAUUGUCAUUCGAAACACCCUGAAGAAUAACGACAACGGUAUCCUGAACUUGAGCAAGGGAGCUGGCAAUGUCAUCAAGUGCAACACUUGCGAGAACCCUGCCAACAUCCAGGCCGGACAGUGCAAGAAGCCUUAA